UCCAAUUGAGUACCCUUGCGCUGGCACAGUUGGUGAGGUUUAACUUUCUCAGCAAGUAGCUCUGCGUCCUGCACUAGGCUGGAAGUUGAAACUUCAUCCGGUCCCAACAUGAAGUCCGGAGAGGAGACCGAUUUUAACGGGAAUCUGAACGAUUUGCCCGACGACUCCAGUUUGCUCAAGCCUUACUUGUCCAGACUUAGACAAAAAGCAAAGCGAGAAGAAGGCGACAAGCGCUAUCAGAUGGACUUAUCGGACACCUUCUUAAUGAAGUUUCUACGUGCCAGAGAUUUUGAUGUUGACCAGUCGCUGAAGUUACUGAUCAACUACCACAAGUGGAGAAAUGAGUGUCCUGAAAUAAGUGCCAAUUUACAUCCAUCGUCAGUCCUGGGUCUCCUCCGAAAUAAUUACCAUGGAGUUCUGAGGUCAAGAGACGCAAGCGGCAGCAGGGUUCUGAUCUAUAGGAUUGGUCAUUGGAACCCAAAGAAGUACACCGCCUAUGAGGUCUUUCGUAUCAGCCUAAUCACUUCUGAACUGAUUGUACAAGAAAUUGAGACCCAGAGAAAUGGGCUGAAGGCCAUCUUUGACCUCCAAGGCUGGCGCUUUGCUCACGCUCUGCAGAUUAACCCAUCACUGGCUAAAAGGAUUUCUGCAGUGCUCACAGACUCCUUCCCACUGAAGGUGCGUGGCAUCCAUCUGAUUAAUGAACCAAUAUUCUUCCGUCCAGUUUUUGCCAUGAUCAGACCAUUUCUGUCUGACAAAAUUAAAGCCCGGAUCCACAUGCAUGGAAGUGCAUAUGUUCAAAGCCUCUGUGAGCAAUUUCCGGUGAGCAUUCUACCACCAGAAUACGGAGGUACAGGACCUGCCAUGGAGGAGCUCUGCCAGGAAUGGACUGAUUUUAUUCUGCAGUCAGAGGACUGGCUUCAUAAGCUCUCUAUCGACACCACAGGCAGCAGAGAACAAAGCCUUUCGUGUUCCUACAGUCAAUAAAUUAGACCCCAUCAACAUCUAGUUUGUUUUUGCUAAUUUGUUUUCUUUUCUUUGGGAACCAAGAAGCCAUUUUUGCACCUGAAGGAGCCAAGUUCCCCUGUUAAUUGAGAUUUAAUGAUUCAAACAAUUGAUGGAAAUACCAUUCUGUCGCCAAACUUUCCACAAGGUCUUCGUUGGAAGAGAGCAGCAAAUACAGCAUGUUUACAAUUAGCUAAAGACUCUUGUUUACAGUUUGAAAUGUAGGAUAUACUGCAGGUUGUUUUCAGAGUGGUAAUCACUAUUGCCCUUAUAGUCAAAGGCAAAAGUAUUCCAUCUGCUACAUAAUUUGCAGUUCACUAUAUCAGGAAUAUUCAAUGUAAUAAAAAUCAAAAUUACAUUUAAUGAAGAAUAAAAGAAGUGAAUGAUUUGUAAAAAAAAAUGUAAAAUCUGACAUUGGAAAUUAGUUAUGUAAUGUUUAGGGAAAACUGACAAACUAUAAAUCAUCAUAUUAACUUUUGUAUAGUUAUAGUCUACAUUUUCCAGGAAAGAUAGUUUUAUAAAAAAGCCAAUGUGAAAAAGUACAUUCAAAAAGCUGAAAAAACAGUUCUAAAAACAUUCUCGUAUGGUGUAACUUUAUGGUCUUAUGAGCCAAUGCAUAAGCUAAUACUUAUAAUACAGAAACAAAAGUUAUGGACAUACUAUCAAUUCCAGAAUAGUGUAGCCUUUGUUUCUUCAUGCACUGCAAAUAUUUCACAGCACAACACAGUAAUAUACAGUACUAAGACAUAACCCUGACUAACAUAUUAAAUACCUGUCAGAGAUUAGAACACACUUAAAAUAGCUUCAAUUAUUACCACCACAACAAAUUGAAUUUUAAAAGCUAAAGCUAAUCCAAAUGCUGAAUUUUCCAUAGUAAUCACCUGAUCUCAAUCCUAUUGAAAUGUGUUGUGGGCAGAUCUGAGAGAGAAUGUAGCUGCCUAGGUAACCAGGCCAUUUAAAUGCACUCAGAGCUGCCUUUGUUGAAGAACUAAAAAAAGGAAGCUGAAAAAAAAUAUUUUACAUGCCAAAAAGUAUCCCGAGGAGAGUUAGGUUGCUAAAUACUUACAUAGUUUAAAUGUUUUCUUCUAUACAACUACAAAUAAUUAGAACAUAGUUUUGACCUUAGACUUGCUUUCUCAUUUGCAGCACACACUAGUGAUAUAGAGAUCAUUCACUAAGACAAAAGCAAAAUAUUUAACAUAAGCAUGAAUUGGUUACAAUUCAUGUUUUCCUGUAAUCUUAAAUCACUUGUACUGUUAAAAUAUAUUCCCCUAAUUAAUGUUUUAUUUACAGGAGUUUUAUCAAUGGUAGUACUUGAUUGGAUUUAUUUUAGGCAAGUGAAUCACAACGCUGAUAACUGGAAUUUCCUAUUGCCUUUAAACAAGUCCCUUAGACUUUUUAGUGAGCUCCUGAGAAGUAUGGCUAUUCAUGUUAAUAUGCGAGUACGUUCAGUCCAGGAUGCCCAAGAUGCCCUCAACACCACCAAAACCCACAGGAGAAAAUGAAAUCGUUAAGGUCUUUGCAAAUUGUAUUUUCUUUGAUAAAUACUUGCAGGUCAAAUGUAAUAGUUACCAUCUUGUAGCCUCAUCUUGUCAGAUCUCAGAAUGUAAACACAGAUUUGCCCUGGGUAGGUCUGGAAUGGGAGAUCUGAUACUGUAAGUGCUGUUGGUGGACCACUGCACUCUUCCCUCUAUACCAGAAUUUCUGACAAAUUGACUACUUAGUCAUUAAUGGUCUCAUGUCACUGUUCAUAACAUACAGCAGGUAAAUGUUACCGAUGAUGUGCUGACCAAGUUACACUCUGGGAUUGCACAGUGUAGCCUACCUAAACCUCACCUUUUAUGCAAUUGGUGUAACGAUCUCUCACUUCUUUGGGUGAAAAGUGUUAUAUAAAUGCUAUUGAUUGUAUUUACUUCUGUAUCACAGUUUUCAUCUCAAUCCUUUCGAGCUUUGUUCCAAAAGGGUACAUCAUUUUCCUAAUGACCAUGUCUCCCUGGAUUUAAUUGGGAAUUACGUUUCAUAGUAAAUUAAGAACAUCAUAAUAUGAGGAACAAGAGAGAUCUGCAGUAUAGAAAAAUCUGAUCCAAAUAAGUCAUCCUUCAACAGCCUAUGAUUUCAGCAUUGUAUGGAUCGUGUAUGGAGUGUACCUCUUUGUGAACUGUGAAAUGUUGUGUUCAAAUGUGAAUCAUAUGAAUGUAAAGACAAACGUAGGUUGUAUAGUUUAUUGUUAAAAACAAGGUUGGAUUUAUUAAUAAUUAAGAGUCCUUCUUAAACCAUAUGUAUUUGGAAUGUUAGGAACCACAGUGCGAAACUGUCUUAGAAAUCCAGUGGACUUUGCCAAUGAAGUAUGUUCACUGCAAAGCAACUGACAGAACAUUCAGCAAGGUUUGGAACUGGGACGUGACAGGUAAUACAAAUUAUACAAAAAUAUUCAUCUGCAACUCCUGUCAAAAUCAUCUGCUCAGUCGCCAUCUGUUUUAACUGUAGUUGAGAACAGAACUGAAUUUUAACUUGAACCGCAAGUCUACACCUGAAAACACUGGAGUGCAUUGCCCCACCAAGACGUUCUCAAAGGCAUCGACUCUUUUCCAAAUGAACGGCAAUACACACAAAUCAAAGGGCACAAGCGGAAGUGCAUUUAAAAUCUAGAACAGCAGUUCUUUACCCAAAGAGUGGUGGGAGUUUGGAACAAGAGACCCAGCCAUGUUGUUGAAGCUGAUACCCGGGCUUUUUUCAAGAAACAGCCAGAUGAGCUCCUUUACUAAUUACUGCAAUGGACAAGACGGGUCGAAUGGCCUCCCCUUGUUUGUAACCUUUCGUAUGUUCUAAGAAAUAAAUUGUCUAUUUAAUGUUAA